AAGAUUCGUGACACACCACCACUUCACGUUUCACUCUCCUUCCUUCCCACCUCUUCGGGCCUUUGCUCUUUCUUCAUUUUCCAAUACUAUUUCUGCCAUUCUCCGCAUCACGCCUCUCUCUCUCUCUCUCUGCUUUCUCUCUCCAAAUUCACUACGUAUGCAAGCACUCCUCCCCGAAACACAUUCUUAGAUCCAAGGCCUGAGAGGUUGAACUGAAGCAAAGAUGCGAGGUUUGACUUUCUACGAGAGAUUUUCUCGAACCUUCCACGACCAUCCCUCUCUGGUUAAGCUGCUCGUUGUAUUCACUGUCAGUGGUGGUGGUCUUGUGGCCUCUGCGGAGGACAAAUCCUAUGAUGGCAUGAACAUCGUGAAUACACAUGAAGCUAAUAGCAAGAAGAAGAAGGUGGUGGUACUUGGAACUGGUUGGGCUGGAACAAGUUUCUUGAAGAACCUGAAAAAUCCCACAUAUGAUGUUCAGGUGCUAUCACCUCGUAAUUAUUUUGCGUUUACCCCUUUAUUACCGAGUGUUACAUGUGGCACAGUGGAAGCUCGUAGCGUUGUUGAACCAAUUCGCAGGAUCCUUAGAAAGCAGAAACAUCUGGAUAUUCACUAUUGCGAAGCUGAAUGUUUCAAGAUUGACGCGCAAAAUAAGAAGGUCUAUUGCCGAUCAUCCCAAGAUACCAACCUAAAAGGCGAAGAAGAAUUUGUUGUGGACUAUGAUUAUCUUGUCAUAGCCGUAGGUGCAUGCGUCAAUACAUUCAAUACUCCUGGUGUUGAGGAGCAUUGUCAUUUUCUGAAGGAAGUUGAAGAUGCUCAAAAGAUCCGGAGGACUGUUAUUGACUGCUUUGAAAGGGCCAGCUUACCUACCCUAAGCAAUGAAGAGAGGAAGAAAAUUCUUCAGUUUGUUAUUGUUGGUGGUGGUCCAACUGGUGUUGAGUUUGCAGCAGAGCUUCAUGAUUUUGUAAAUGAAGAUAUAGUGAAGUUAUAUCCUCAGGUGAAAGAUUUAGUAAAAAUAACACUCUUGGAGGCCGGAGGUCAUCUUCUGAACAUGUUUGACAAAAGAAUUACAACUUUUGCAGAAGAAAAAUUCAAAAGGGAUGGUAUUGAUUUGAGGACUGGGUCAAUGGUAGUGAAAGUAUCUGAUAAAGAAAUCUCUACCAAAGCAAAAAGUGGAGAAAUCUCUUCCAUUCCAUAUGGAAUGGUUGUCUGGUCAACUGGUAAUGCGACUCGUCCAAUCAUACUGGACUUUAUGAAGCAAACUGGUCAGGCUAAUAGACGUGUACUAGCAACUGAUGAAUGGCUUCGUGUUGAAGGAUGUGAUAAUGUAUAUGCCAUGGGAGAUUGUGCGACGAUUAAUCAACGGAAAGUCAUGGAAGAUAUUUCAGCAAUAUUUCGUAAAGCUGACAAGGACAACUCUGGAACACUGACAGUUAAAGAAGUCCAAGAAGUGAUUUAUGACAUUUGCGAAAGAUACCCUCAAGUCGAACUUUAUUUGAAGAACAAGCAAAUGAGCAGUAUUGUAGAUCUAUUAAAGGAAUCUAAAGAGGAUGUCACAAAAGAAUCCAUCGAGUUGGAUAUUGAAGAACUCAAAAGAGCUCUCUCUGAGGUGGACUCCCAGAUGAAAAAUGUUCCGGCCACAGCCCAGGUUGCAGCUCAGCAAGGUGCCUAUCUUGCUGAUUGCUUUAAUCGCAUGGAGGAGUGUGAGAAAAAUCCAGAAGGCCCUCUUCGUUUCAGGGGAGAAGGUCGCCAUACUUUUCGUCCCUUCAGGUACAGGCAUCUCGGACAAUUUGCUCCGCUAGGAGGAGAGCAAACAGCUGCACAACUCCCAGGGGAUUGGGUUUCAAUUGGCCGUAGUAGCCAGUGGCUUUGGUAUUCUGUGUAUGCAAGUAAGCAAGUCAGCUGGCGUACAAGGGCAUUGGUGGUAUUUGACUGGACCAAGCGUGUGGUUUUCGGGAGAGACUCGAGUCGCAUUUAACAGCAGCUUCCGGACCCUGGAUUUCCCUCGAAGGCUUCUGAAUUUGAAUAUUCUGUGCUUGUAUCUUUGUUUGUCUACACAUAUCACUCGAGUGUUUUUUACUUGAAAUAUAUGAGCCUUCUGAAUUUGAAUAUUCUGUGCUUGUAUCUUUGUUUGUCUAACACAUAUCGCUUGAGUGUUUUUUACUUGAAAUAUAUGAGCAAUUUCCACGGCGGAAAUGUUGUAGGACUACUGAGAUGAGUUGGUCAAUAAUUCUGUCUGCUAAGUUUUCAGCAGUAUAUUGGGUGUAAUGAAAAUGAUAUAGGUUUUUUCUUGGUUUCUUGGUAAAUGAUAGGAUUUGGAAGGAUUUAUGAA